AUGGUAAAGAAGUUCUUGCUCCACCCAGCCAAGCAUGGCAGAGUCACUUGUGCCUCUGAGCCACAGGCAUACUACCCCACUUCCAGGCCAGAACUCUUUGAUUGGAAUAAUGUGGUUUCCCAGCAGUCAGCCACACAAAGACUGGAGCAUGCCUUCAAUAUUGCCAAAUGUCACUUAGGCAUAGAAAAGCUUCUUGAUCCUGAAGAUGUUGCUACCACUUAUCCAGAUAAGAAGUCCAUCUUAAUGUACAUCACAUCACUCUUUCAAGUUUUGCCUCAACACGUGAGCAUCGAAGCCAUCCAGGAAGUGGAAAUGUUGCCCAGGCCAGCAAAAGUGACUACUAGAGAAGAACACUUUCAAUUACAUCACCAGAUGCAUUAUUCUCAAGAGAUCACAGUCAGUCUAGCACAGGGCUAUGAGCAAACUUCUUCAUCUCCUAAACCUCGAUUCAAGAGCUACGCCUACACACAGGCUGCCUAUGUUGCCACCUCUGAGUCCACACGGAGUCCUUUUCCUUCACAGCAUUUGGGAGCUCCUGAAGAUAAAGCACUUGGCAGUUCAUUGAUGGAGACUGAAGUAAACCUGGAUAGUUAUCAAACUGCUUUAGAAGAAGUACUCUCAUGGCUUCUCUCUGCAGAAGACACAUUGCAAGCCCAAGGAGAGAUUUCAAAUGAUGUUGAAAAAGUGAAAGAACAGUUCCAUACUCAUGAGGGUUUCAUGAUGGAUUUGACAUCCCAUCAAGGACGUGUUGGUAAUGUUCUACAGUUAGGAAGUCGAAUCAUUGGAAAAGGAAAAUUAUCAGAAGAUGAGGAAACUGAAGUGCAAGAACAAAUGAAUCUCUUAAAUUCAAGAUGGGAGUGCCUCAGGGUAGCCAGCAUGGAAAAACAAAGCAAUUUACACAAAGUUCUAAUGGAUCUCCAGAACCAGAAAUUAAAAGAGCUGGAUGACUGGCUAACAAAAACAGAAGAGAGAACAAAGAAAAUGGAGGAAGAGCCCUUUGGACCUGAUCUUGAAGACCUAAAAUGCCAAGUACAACAACAUAAGGUGCUUCAAGAAGAUCUAGAGCAGGAACAAGUCAGGGUCAACUCUCUAACUCACAUGGUGGUAGUGGUUGAUGAAUCUAGUGGCGAUCAUGCAACGGCUGCUUUGGAAGAACAACUCAAGGUACUGGGCGAUCGAUGGGCAAAUAUCUGCAAGUGGACUGAAGAGCGCUGGGUUCUUUUACAAGAUAUUCUUCUAAAAUGGCAGCGUUUUACUGAAGAACAGUGCCGUUUUAGUACAUGGCUUUCAGAAAAAGAGGAUGCAAUGAAGAAGAUUCAAACAAGUGGCUUUAAGGACCAAAAUGAAAUGGUAUCAAGUCUUCAAAAAAUAUCUGUGUUGAAAAUAGAUCUAGAAAAGAAAAGGCAAACCAUGGAAAAACUCAGUUCCCUCAACGAAGAUCUCCUUUCAGCACUGAAAAAUAAGUCAGUGACUCAAAAGAUGGAAAUCUGGAUGGAAAACUUUGCACAACGUUGGGAUAAUUUAGCACAAAAGCUAGAAAAGAGUUCGGCACAAAUUUCACAGGCUGUCACCACCACUCAGCCAUCACUAACACAGACAACUGUAAUGGAAACAGUAACUAUGGUGACCACAAGGGAACAAAUCCUGGUAAAACAUGCCCAAGAGGAACUUCCACCACCACCCCCUCAAAAAAAGAGGCAGAUUACUGUGGAUUCUGAAAUUAGGAAAAGGUUGGAUGUCGACAUAACUGAACUUCACAGUUGGAUUACUCGUUCAGAAGCUGUAUUGCAGAGUCCUGAAUUUGCAGUCUAUCGAAAAGAAGGCAACAUCUUAGAUUUGAAAGAAAAAGUCAAUGCCAUAGCACGAGAGAAAGCCGAGAAGUUCAGAAAGCUGCAAGAUGCCAGCAGAUCAGCUCAGGCCCUGGUGGAACAGAUGGUGACUGAGGGUGCUGAUGCUGAAAGUAUCAAACAAGCCUCAGAACAAUUGAAUAACCGGUGGACAGAAUUCUGCCAAUUGCUGACUGAGAGAGUUAACUGGCUAGAGUAUCAGAACAACAUCAUUACUUUUUAUAAUCAGCUACAGCAUUUGGAGCAGAUAACAACUACUGCUGAAAACUGGUUGAAAACCCAACCCACCAUUCCAUCAGAGCCAAUCGCAAUUAAAAGCCAGUUGAAAAUUUGUAAGGAUGAAGUCAACAGGCUGUCAAUUCUUCAACCUCAAAUUGAGCAGUUAAGAAUUAAGAACCUAUCACUGAAAGAAAAGGGACAAGGGCCAAUAUUCCUGGACGCAGACUUUGUGGCCUUUACAAAUCAUUUUAACCACAUCUUUGCUGAUGUGCAGGCCAGAGAGAAAGAGCUACAGACAGUUUUUGACGCUUUACCACCAACGCGCUAUCAGGAGACAAUGAGCACCAUCCGGACAUGGAUCCAGCAGUCAGAAAAUAAACUCUCUAUACCUCAUCUUAGUGUCACUGAAUAUGAAAUAAUGGAGCAGAGACUCGGGAAACUGCAGGCUUUGCAAAGUUCUUUGAAAGAGCAAGAAAGUGGCUUCAGCUAUCUGAGCACCACUGUGAAGGAGAUGUCCCAGAAAGCGCCUUCAGAAAUAAGACAGAAAUAUCAGUUAGAAUUUGAAGAGGUUGAGGGGCGUUGGAAGAAGAUCUCCACCCAGCUGAUGGAACAUAGCCAAAAGCUAGAAGACCAUAUGAAUAAACUUCGAAAAAUUCAGAAUCACAUAAAAACUUUGAAGAAAUGGAUGGCUGAAGUUGAUGUUUUUCUGAAAGAGGAAUGGCCUGCCCUGGGGGAUUCUGAAAUUCUAAAAAAACAGCUGAAGCAAUGCAGACUUUUAGUCAGUGAUAUUCAGACAAUACAGCCAAGUCUAAACAGUGUCAAUGAAGGUGGCCAGAAGAUAAAGAGUGAAGCUGAACAAGAAUUUGCAUCCAGAUUCGAAACAGAACUCAGAGAACUUAACAGUCAGUGGGAUCACAUGUGCCGCCAGGUCUACACCAGGAAGGAAGCCUUGAAAGCAGGUUUGGAUAAAACUGUCAGUCUCCAGAAAGACUUAUCAGAGAUGCAUGAGUGGAUGACACAAGCUGAAGAAGAAUAUCUAGAGAGAGAUUUUGAAUACAAAACUCCAGAUGAAUUACAGACUGCAGUUGAAGAGAUGAAGAGAGCUAAAGAAGAGGCACUACAAAAAGAAGCAAAAGUGAAACUCCUCACUGAGACUGUAAAUAGUGUAAUAGCUCAGGCUCCACCUGCAGCACAAGAGGCCUUAAAAAAGGAACUUGAAACUCUCACCACCAACUACCAGUGGCUGUGCACACGGCUGAAUGGAAAAUGCAAAACUUUGGAAGAAGUUUGGGCAUGUUGGCAUGAAUUAUUGUCAUACUUGGAGAAGGCAAACAAGUGGCUUAAUGAAGUAGAAUUGAAACUUAAAGCCACUGAAAAUAUUCCUGCAGGACCUGAGGAAAUCACUGAGGUGCUAGAAUCUCUUGAAAAUUUGAUGCAACAUUCAGAAGAUAACCCAAACCAGAUUCGCAUAUUGGCACAGACCUUAACAGAUGGAGGAGUCAUGGAUGAACUAAUCAAUGAGGAACUUGAGACAUUUAAUUCUCGUUGGAGGGAACUACAUGAAGAGGCUGUGAGGAAACAAAAGUUGCUUGAACAGAGUAUCCAGACUGCCCAGGAGAUUGAAAAAUCCUUAAACUUAAUUCAGGAGUCCCUUGAAUUCAUUGACAAACAGUUGACAGCUUAUAUUGCUGACAAGGUGGAUGCAGCUCAAAUGCCUCAGGAAGCCCAGAAAAUCCAAUCGGAUUUGACAAGUCAUGAAAUCAGUUUAGAGGAAAUGAAGAAACACAACCAGGGGAAGGAGGCUGCUCCAAGAGUUCUUUCACAAAUUGAUAUUGCACAGAAAAAAUUACAGGAUGUCUCCAUGAAAUUUCGAUUAUUUCAAAAACCAGCCAAUUUUGAACAGCGUCUAGAGGAAAGUAAGAUGAUUUUAGAUGAAGUCAAGAUGCACUUGCCUGCACUGGAGACAAAGAGUGUUGAACAGGAAGUAGUCCAGUCACAACUAAAUCACUGUGUGAACUUGUAUAAAAGCCUGAGUGAAGUGAAGGCUGAAGUGGAAAUGGUAAUUAAAACAGGACGUCAAAUUGUGCAGAAAAAGCAGACAGAAAAUCCAAAAGAGCUUGAUGAAAGAGUAACAGCUUUGAAAUUGCAUUAUAAUGAACUGGGUGCAAAGGUAACAGAAAAAAAGCAACAGUUGGAGAAAUGCUUGAAAUUGUCCCGCAAGAUGAGGAAGGAAAUGAAUGUCUUGACAGAAUGGCUGGCAGCAACAGAUAUGGAACUGACAAAGAGAUCAGCCGUUGAAGGAAUGCCAAGUGAUUUGGAUGCUGAGGUUGCCUGGGGAAAGGCUACUCAGAAAGAGAUUGAGAAGCAGAAGGCUCACUUGAAGAGUGUCACAGAAAUAGGAGAGGCAUUGAAAGCGGUGUUGGGCAAGAAGGAAACCUUGGUGGAAGAUAAACUGAGUCUUCUAAAUAGUAACUGGAUAGCUGUCACCUCUAGAGCAGAAGAAUGGCUAAACCUUUUGUUGGAAUACCAGAAACACAUGGAAACCUUUGAUCAGAAUGUCCAACAUAUCACAAAGUGGAUCAUUCGCACAGAUGAGCUUUUGGAUGAAUCUGAAAAGAAGAAACUACAACAAAAGGAAGACAUUCUUAAGCGUUUAAAGGCCGAAAUGAAUGACAUCCGUCCAAAGGUGGACUCCACACGUGACCAAGCAGCAAACUUGAUGGCAAACCGAGGUGACCACUGCAGGAAAGUAGUAGAGCCGCAAAUCUCUGAGCUCAACCGUCGGUUUGCAGCCAUUUCUCAGAGAAUUAAGACUGGAAAGGCCUCCAUUCCUUUGAAGGAAUUGGAGCAGUUUAACUCAGAUAUACAAAAAUUGCUUGAACCACUGGAGGCUGAAAUUCAGCAGGGGGUGAAUCUGAAAGAGGAAGACUUCAAUAAAGAUAUGAGUGAAGACAAUGAGGGUACUGUAAAUGAAUUGUUGCAAAGAGGAGACAACUUACAACAAAGAAUCACAGAUGAGAGAAAGCGAGAGGAAAUAAAGAUAAAACAGCAGCUGUUACAGACAAAACACAAUGCUCUCAAGGAUUUGAGGUCUCAAAGAAGAAAAAAAGCCCUAGAAAUUUCUCACCAAUGGUAUCAGUACAAGAGGCAGGCUGAUGAUCUCCUGAAAUGCUUGGAUGACAUUGAAAAAAAAUUAGCCAGCCUACCUGAACCCAGAGAUGAAAGGAAAAUAAAGGAAAUUGAUCGUGAAUUGCAGAAGAAGAAAAAGGAGCUGAAUGCAGUGCGCAGGCAAGCUGAGGGCUUGUCUGAGAAUGGGGCCGCAAUGGCAGUGGAGCCAACUCAGAUCCAGCUCAGCAAGCGCUGGCGGGACAUUGAGAGCAGUUUUGCUCAGUUUCGAAGACUCAACUUUGCACAAAUUCAUACGCUCCGUGAAGGGACGAUGGUAGUGACUACAGAAGAUAUGCCGCUGGAUGUUUCUUAUGUGCCUUCUACUUAUUUGACUGAGAUCAGUCAUAUCUCACAAGCUCUAUCAGAAGUCGAACAACUUCUAAAUGCUCCUGAACUCUGUGCUAAGGAUUUUGAAGAUCUCUUCAAGCAAGAGGAGUCUCUUAAGAACAUAAAAGACAAUCUGCAACAAAUCUCAGGUCGAAUUGACGCUAUUCACACCAAGAAGACAGGAGCCUUGCAAAAUGCCACCUCUGUGGAAAGGGGGAAGAUACAGGAUGCAGUGGCGCAGCUGGAUUUCCAGAGGGAUAAAGUUAACAGAAUGUACAAGGAACGACAAGGGUAG